ACCACUCCCUCUGUGAUCAUAUAUAAUCACGUCCUGCAGCGGUCUGAUUUACUGACAGGACUCAUCAAACUCAGUGAUUUGAUCUCGCACAGCAGUUCUAAGUCAUGGCAUGCAUUUAUGGAGACGUCAUGAAGAUAGACACCACCGGUGCAUCAGAGAAGACAGCAAAACCAAAUAACUUAACUGUAAAGGGGGUUGACGCCUCUAAAAAACUGGCUGAGGCUGAUCUGACCCGGAUGGAGAAAUACAAGAGUAUAAUCACUAAAGUUGGCAAAGCAAAGAAAAUGGAGCCGGCUGUAAUCGCGGGGAUCAUAUCCAGAGAGUCCAGAGCCGGGGCCGCUCUGAAGGAUGGGUGGGGCGACCGUGGCAAUGGCUUUGGUCUCAUGCAGGUUGAUAAACGCUACCACACUCCAGCAGGUGCAUGGGACAGCGAGCAACAUGUCACACAAGGAACUGAGAUUCUCAUUGGCUACAUUAAAGAAAUUAAAGCAAAGUUUCCCCAGUGGACCCAAGAGCAAUGCUUUAAAGGGGGAAUAUCAGCCUACAACGCUGGUGUGAAGAACGUCCGUUCAUACGAGCGCAUGGACGUUGGCACCGCAGGAGAUGAUUACGCCAACGAUGUUGUGGCCCGAGCCCAGUGGUUCAAAAGCAAGGGUUACUAAAGAAUGCAGUUAUGAACCCGUAAAACGUUACAUUUCUGAAAAGAGCACAACUCAAGAUGACAAGUCCUCAUUUUUAAUAUUAAACCUACUGUUUUGGAAUAAAUGCUGAUAGGCAGCCUAGCUUUAAAGAGUUUGGGCCGUUUUUAAAACGUAGGCCUAUGUUUCCUGCAUGAUAAUAUCUGAUGAAAUAAAAGUAAUGUAUUUACUUAAA